AUGGCCCCUUACUCAUACAACAGCCCCCCUUUGGAGUCGCCUCCCCACAGUCCGCGGUCCCUGGAUUCCAAUUCCGGUCGAUCAUCUGAGGAACGGAAAUCAUCCUGCACAUCAGUCCAGUCAAUAGCUGCCGUCUCGCCAGGCCUUGUGCCCAAAGUCCAACUGGUGCCCUACACGAGAACCGCGAGUUUUGACGUCGUCUUUUCAGAUGCCGAACGAGAAGUGUUGAAAAACACCAACUUUGACUCGAUGGACUUGUCCUCCCAGGACUUCGAGUUUGAAGACAUCUUCACCUACGACAAGCCCCAGAAGAAGCUAGCCAAGGUGGUCGAAGUAUCCAGACCGACCAGAGAACACCGGGACUGGUCGAAUUUCUCUUUUUCUCAUUACUCUGCGGCGAUAAAUGCUCGACAAAAAGUCAACCGGCAAAAGUCAGGCAUCGGAGAGCUGUACAUGAAGAACAAGAGGGAUGCUCAGAAGUAUUGA